AUGAGCCCCACUCCUCACUCCGCGACAAAAUCUUAUAGGCCCAAUGGAAACAAGAAAGCGAACGGAACCAAGGCCGGAGACAAUGAUCUCAAGGAAGGAUUUGAUGCCAUUGUCAUGGCGAGGAAAGAGUAUGCCAAAGAGAAAAGAAUCUUGAAGCUCAAGGAAAUAGAGGAGAGGAGUGAGGCCGAGCGGCGAAGGGCGGCGACCGAGGAGAAGAGGGCGGCAGCCGAGGAGAGGUUGGCCGCGGCCGAGGAGAGGAAGGUAGACCUAGAGGAGAAGAAGGCCGCGGCCGACGAGAGGAAGAUGGUUGAGGAGAGGACACUCAAGUUUAUGUUUAUGGACACAUCAACUCUUGAUGUCAAGGCAAAGGCAUAUGUUGAACUUUGUCGCGAUGAAAUGCUCAUGAAGGAGCAAAUGCUCAUGAGGCAAAUGAUGAUGGGAGGAGGCAUGGGAGGUGCCAUGGGUGGUGCCAUGGGAGGAGGCAUGGGAGAUGCCAUGGGAGGAGGCAUGGGAGGUGCCAUGGGUGGUUACAUGAACAUGAUUGGAGGUUCCAUGAAUGGUGCAUUUGGCGGAAACAUGGGAGGUGGCUUCGGUGGCUACAUGGAAGGUGGCUUUGGCGGCAUGGGAGGUGCUUUUGGUGGCAACAUGAUGGGUGGCUUGGGAGGUGGCUAUGGCGGCAACAUGAGUGGCGCUGGAGGUGGCUAUGGCGGCAACAUGGGAUGCAAUGAAGAUGCUUCCGGUGGUGCUCACGGCAACGAGAGUUCACCGCUUGUUGAGAACGUCGACAAAGACGGUGGUGAAGAUGAUGAUCGUACCACGGUUCACAACGCCGGUGGUGUUGGUGACCCGCAUGAGUAA